UGCCUCAAUACCAAAUAUAAUUGACAAUUUACGAUAUUCAAAUCUCUCUGGCUUUUCUGGUCUCUCCGCCAAUGUUUUUCUCCGUCCUCACUACACUAAGGUCACACUUCUUUACCAGCAAUGAAUGAGUUUGAAUUUUCACAAAUCUAGAAUUCUGCAUUUCAAUUUCCCCUCUCUCCGAUGGCCACCGCGGCAUUCAAAUCCACCACCAAGAGAACUUCCGUCGGAGCCUCCUCUGCCGACGACUCCGCCUCCUCCUCCUCCCUCCACCACCGCCGCUCCCGGAGCCUCAGCCGCCCCGCCCGUCACACAUUCCCCUCUCGUGACGACGACGGCGCCGAUCGCCGCACUCCGAAAGGUCGCUUCGUCAACACCGUCCGCGGCUCCGUCUUCCCGGAGAUCAGCCUCGACGAUCUCGCCAUCGAGUUCUUCGAGUCCGCGAAUCGCGGCCGCUUCGGCGGUGCUAGAACCUCCGAGUCGGAGGCCAGUCCCGCCGGCGCCGGCGCGUCGCAGCGCCGAGGGAGGUCGGUCUCAAGGAAGAGUUCCGGAACCGGAGAUGAUAGAAAGAGCGGUGUUGGCGGUGGCGGUGGGGUAAGACCUGUAGCCGAUGCGAAUUCGAGAAGACGGAGAUCGGUAUCGGUGGUUAGGUAUCAAAUUAGCGAUUCCGAGAGUGACCUUGAUCAAUCUCAGAAUUCUAGAAGUCGUUCCAAUCUGAAAAAUGCUGAUGUCGGGAACAAGCUAAUGCAUGAGCCAGUUGCUUCAGAUCAAAGACCAGUGCUCAGAAAGUCCCUUAGUCAGAGGGAUUUGAGGGUGUACGAUGGCUACUCUAGUCAUUCUUCUGCUCUCACGGAUGAUGAAGCAGCAACAGCUCACUCUGAUAAAAGUGGAGUUGCGAAACUACGGCCAGUUCAUGCACAGAAAAAGGUGCCACUUACUGGCAUGGAUAAAGGAUUGCACAAAGCAAAGCAGAAAGUAUUAAGGAAUAUGGAACCUGAACAGGCUGUGGUAAAACCGAGGACCUCCACUUUAUCCACUGGUGAUCAUUUGUUAUCAAGCAAUUCUUCUAUCAGAAGUAGCUACGAAACUGAACUGGAACAGUCAGAGAAGCGAAAACAAGAAUUAUUAGCUGAAAUAGUGUAUGAGGAGCAGCGAGGCAGAGAACUUUCUAAGAUUGUUAGUGAAUUGAUUCCUGCCAAGGAGGACAAUCAUAUACAAAAUCCAUCGAGAAUCAGGAAGAGAAGUAAUGACAGAAGCCGAGUGUCAAUGCGGUUGACUGAGGAGGCUGAGAGAUAUAUUGAGGAUUUUAUUUCAAAUGUUGAAGAUACAGAUAUUUCAUCACUUGAUGGUGAAAGGAGUGAUGCAAGCUCAUCCAUUGGAGGACUAAUAAAACCAGAAACAUUUAAUAGCCUUCCAGUCACUAGAUCUCUUCCUGUUUUGAUGGAUGGAGUUGCAUUGCCAUGGUUGCAAUGGGAGACAGGGAAUGAUGCUUCUCCUAUGACAAGCCUGAAUAAGGCACGUAUGGCAGUCACUCCAAAAACUUCAAGUUCUACUCAGGAUAACAUCAAAGUGGAAGAUCAAGGUAGCAUUUCUAUUAGCAGUCGUGGAAGCUGGAGCCCUGAUUACCUUCAGGAGUAUGUUGGAAAAGAUGUAUACAGUAAAUUUGGAGAUGCUUAUUGUCACACGGACCAGUCAUUAUCAGCUAAAUCCAAAGGAUUAAGGUAUGAUAUGGAUGAUUACCUCAAAGUUAAAAGUAAUGAAGAUUUGUUGAUUGAGAGUUGGAUGCAACGGCGUAGAAUUAAUUCAGGCAGUCUCCUAUUGUGUAGCCUAAGAUUAUUUUAGACAUGAUAUGUUUCUGAAGAAUGGCCAUUCCUUCUUCUCACUUGGCAUGAAUUCUAUGUACAGAUAAUUGCUAUUUAUCUAGUUAUGCUUCUAUAUA